AUGGAUGCUGAAAAAGAAUUAGGAUUAGAAAAAAGAUCCGUUAAUUCAUUUGAAAACUCUGUUGAAGAUAAUGGUGAAGUUACUUCAACCAAAUUAAGUUUCAUAAAUAAUUUAGCUACUAAAUUAAAUGCUGAAACUAAAGGUAUUGAAUUAGUUACUGAUGAAGAAAAAGUUGGUGAUUCUUUAUUAAAUGCUGCCACUAUGUGGUUAUCAGCUAAUUUAGUUAUUGCUACCUUUUCAUUAGGUGCUUUAGGUAUCACAGUUUUCGGUUUAUCUUUCUGGCAAAGUGUUGCAACUAUUAUUGCCUUUAAUUUCAUUGGGGUUAUUCCAGUUGCUUUCUUUUCAAUCUUUGGUCCAAAAUUAGGUCUUAGACAAGUUAUUUUAUCAAAAUUCUUAAUUGGUAACUUUACUAUGAGAAUUUUCGGGGUUUUGAAUGUUAUUGCUUGUGUUGGUUGGGGUGCCGUUAAUAUUAUGUCAUCAGCUCAAUUAUUAAACAUUGUUAAUAACCAUGCUUUACCACCAUGGGCUGGAUGUCUUAUUUUAAUCCUUUGUACCAUUUUAGUCACCUUUUUCGGUUAUCAUGUUAUUCAUUUAUAUGAAAAAUGGUCUUGGGUACCAAAUAUCGCUGUUUUCCUUGCUAUUAUUGCUAGAAUGAAAAUUUCAGGUAAUUUCACUACUGGUACCACUGUUGGUGGUGCUACUACUGCUGGGGAUGUUUUAAGUUUUGGAGCUACCGUUUAUGGUUUUGCCACUGGUUGGACUACUUAUGCUUCAGAUUAUACUGUUUAUCAACCAAGAAAUGUUUCAUCAAUGAAAAUUUUCUUCGGUAUUUAUGUUGGUUUAUUCUUUCCUUUAGUUUUCACUAUGAUUUUAGGUAGUGCUUGUGCUACUGGUAUUUUAACUAACACUAGAUGGGCCGAUUUAUAUGGUCAAUAUUCAAUUGGUGGUUUAGUUUACGCCAUUUUAGUUGAAGACUCAUUAGGUAAAUUCGGUGAAUUCUUAUGUGUUUUAUUAGCUUUAUCCACUGUUGCUAACAAUAUUCCAAAUAUGUACUCAAUUGCUUUAUCAGCUCAAGCUAUUUGGUCUCCAUUUAUUAAAGUUCCAAGAGUUGUUUGGACUAUUGUUGGUAACUUUGUUACUUUAGCUAUUUGUAUUCCAGGUUACUAUAAAUUCGAAGAAGUUGUUGAUAAUUUCAUGGCUAUGAUUGGUUAUUAUUUAGCUAUCUACCAAGCUUUAGCUUUAUCAGAACAUUUCAUUUACAACAAAGGUAACUUCAAUGCUUAUGAUUAUGUUAAUCAUCUUGAUAAAAAAUCCCACCCUAUUGGUAUUGCAGGAACUGUUGGUUUCUGUUGUGGUGUUGCCGGUGCAGUUAUCGGUUUAUGUCAAGUAUGGUUUGUUGGUCCAUUAGCUGCUAAAAUCGGUGAUUUCGGAGGUGAUAUUGGUUUCGAAUUAGCCUUUGGUUUCGCUUUUGUAGCUUUCAACAUUGUCAGACCUUUGGAAAAGAAAUAUAUCGGUCGUUAA